AUGAAUGACCAAGAGUUAUAUGCCAGAAAUGAUGAAGAGCUUGAAGGUAAAAAGCAAACUGGGCGGGGGAGAGGCACUGCUUUCUUGGAUUCUGAUAGUAGUCGAAGUAGAAAUCGCAUUAGAAGUCGCAGUAGUAGUCGCUUCAGUAGUCGCAGUAAUAGUCGCAGUAAUGAUCGCAGUAAUAGUCAUAGUAAUAAUCGCAGUAGAAGUCGCAGUAGUAGUCGCUUCAGUAGUCGCAGUAGUAGUCCUAGUAAUAGUCGCAGUAGUAGUCGCAGUAAUAGUCUCAGUAAUAGUCUCAGUAGUAGUCGCAUCAGUAGUCGCAGUAGUCGCAGUAAUAGUCGCAUUAGUAGUCGCAGUAAUAGUCGCAGUAAUAGUCAUAGUAAUAGUCGCAGUAAUAGUCGCAUUAGUAGUCGCAGUAAUAGUCGCAUCAGUAGUCGCAGUAAUAGUCUCAGUAGUAGUCGCAGUAAUAGUCGGAGUAAUAGUCGCAUUAGUAGUCGCAGUAAUAGUCGCAUUAGUAGUCGCAUUAGUAGUCGCAUUAGUAGUCGCAGUAAUAGUCGCAAUAAUAGUCGCAGUAGUAGUCGCAGUAGUAAUCGCAGUAGAAGUCGCAGUAGUAGUCGCUUCAGUAGUCGCAGUAAUAGUCGCAGUAGUAGUCGCAGUAAUACUCUUGGCGAUCCGGAACAAUCCAGAGGUUAG